AUGGAUUCGCCGGCGUGGAUGUUCACGAAGGCGUUGAGCCAUAGACAAAAGGUUUGCUCUGAUGAUUGAGCGAUUUCGCAAUAUUUCGACAAACUGCUGACAAUUCCGAUCAGCCGUCAAAUGAUCAACUGCCCAUUUGCAGGUGACCCGUCUCUACAAACGUUGUCUGCGUGAAGUGGACAACUGGUACGGAGGGGACAACCUCGAAGUUCGCUUCCAAAAGUGCAUCAUCCGUGCUCGUUUCGACGCGAACGCAAACGAGGUCGACACUCGCAAGAGCCAGAUCCUUCUGGCCGACGGAUGCCGUCAAGUGUGGGAGAAGCGUCACUUCAAGCCUUUCCGUUUCGCUCUCGACCCCGGAGGCUCCAGCUACGAUCGUGAGCGCGAGUCGCCUGACGAGAUCGUCGACUCGGAUCAGUGGACUCUGGCUGAACGCGAGCAGUUCCCGUACUACUUCAACACUCGCGAGCAGCGUAAGAAGGAGUUGCUGGCGCACUGGGCCAAGAUUGAGAAGGCUUGGGACGAGGAGAUCGCGUCGAUUCAGACCCAACUCCCGGCCGCCCAAGCAGUCGCCAAGUGA